UGGAGUAUGUACUACUACACUCGAUUCUCUAAUUAUUGUGUAAACGCGUUGUGUAUCCACAGUAUGUAUAUUGUGCUAGUACUUCAAAGUUGACAUCUAAAGCUUACAAUACAAAAUGUAUGAGAAUCAACAUGGAGAUAAUACGGAAAUAGUUAUUUGUGUCGACAUGUUGGAUUUUGAUUAUGUUAUCGAAAGAGGAACCGACAUUUGAAGAAACAUGACAGUUACCUUGAUCAUAUGAAAGCUGGAUAAGAACACUUUUGCAUCGUAUCGAUAUAAGAGGUUUCAUUAAAAUUUUCUAAUAUUAAACGUAUUAUAAACUAUACAUUACACGAUGAGACGAAAAGCGGGCGUUGGUGCGAUUCAAAAACAAAAGCUCGAGCAAGAGAAGUAUAAAGACAAGGGAACAGAGAUUCAAGAGAACCAAUUUGAGCAAAUGACAAAACAGAUGGAUACUUUUCGUAUGAACCUAGAAGAAUUCGCAACGAAACAUAAAAAUGAAAUUAAAAAGAAUGCCCGUUUUCGGCGGCAAUUCACUGAAAUGUGUGCAUCAAUAGGUGUAGACCCUCUGGCCUCAGGAAAAGGUUUCUGGUCAGUUCUUGGCAUAGGAGAUUUUUACUAUGAACUUGCAGUACAAAUAGUUGAAGUUUGCAUGGCCACAAAUUAUAAAAAUGGUGGGUUGAUAUCAUUGGAUGAACUCAGAACCAGGUUGGUUCAAGCAAGAGGUCGUAGAAAAGAACACCAAGAGAUAACAAAUGAAGAUUUAUUAGCUGCAGCAAAGAAACUGAAAAUCUUUGGGAAUGGAUUUUCCAUUGUUCCAAUUGGCAGAGGUAAGCACUUGGUACAAUCAGUUCCUGGUGAACUGAGUAUGGAUCACACUGCUGUAUUGCAACAAGCCAGUUUAUCUGGAAAUGCACAUGUUUCUAAGUCUACACUAUGCAAAGACUUGCGGUGGGAAGCAGAUCGUGCUCAGAAAGCUUUGGACCACAUGGUAAAAGAAGGACUGGCAUGGUUGGAUGAACAAGGUGAAGAUGAAACAUUAUAUUGGUUUCCUAGUUUAUUUACAGCCUGUAUUAUAUCCAAAGAAUAAGCACAAUGUUCACCGUGCUAUUAAUAGA